ACAAGUUCCAUGAAAAAAAAUAUUUUUUUCCGUUUUGUUGUAUAAAUAAAAUCGACACUGUAUCGAUAUUCUAUUUUUGAAAUGUAAUACAACAUGUGUAGAAGAAACUUUCGCGAGAUUUAUUGCGAGAUUUCCUUCUCUAGUAGAAUUUAGUUAAUUUAAGAUGUGUGUAUUAAGAUGUGUUAAAAUUUACAGGUAAUUAUAAUGAUUCUCUUUUGCAGCACAUAAACGUAAUUUUAUCGAAUAAAAAUGCAAUGCGAAUCAUCCGCACAAUGCCAAUAUAUUCCGACACAAUAAAAACUAUUGUUUUUUGUUAUUAUAUAACUGACACGACACCUUAUUCACGUGGACUCGCACGAUGUCUAGAGCGAAACCGCAAUCGUCAAAAUUUAUUGUAAAAACUACCAUUGUACUUUAUCGUUGUGAAAUUAUCGCGAGCAGCAACUUAAAAGCGGUUUAACGUGAUUACAGAUAUUUACUGUAUUUUCCAACGUAUUUAAUAUAAACGUAGAUUAUUUUUUUACAGGAUCUGCUGUCAAACCUGCUGUCCGCUUACACCUAUUAUUAUUACUCGCGCGACAUUUCUACGAAACAUAUAUUUAUAUGUAAGGGUCUGUCACUUACGGAAACUCGCGUGUUCGCAUGCGAUCGUACCCUCGUAUAAAGAUAGGAACGACAUCUGAAAUAUUAAUAUGCUCGUAACUGACACUUUACUGUGCGGGAAAAGCACUUUCCGCGAGAAGCCUCGAGAAUUUAGACAUUGUAGUGCCAAGAAGGUUGUUUUUUGUUUAAUAUGGAACCCAGAGAUCGUUACUACGAUAUCAGUAAGAGGUAUCUGAGGUGGAUCGGUCAGUGGCCUUCUCAAAAGCCGAAAGAGAGUUUGUUUUUUUUUAUCUUUAUACUAUUUUUUGAUGCAAACGUAAUCGUUGCACAGGUGGCAAGAUUUUUCGUGUGCGAUAACAUGCAGUGCAUCUUCGAAACUUUACCUCCACACUUGCUGGCAGUGAUUGUUCCGGUGAAAAUUUUCGUGUACCGAUUUAACAGGCGGAAAAUUAAACAUCUCACAGAUCGCUUAUUCUUAGACUGGAAUAUGCUCAAAACUGAAAAAGAACGUGAUAUUAUGAGAAAGUAUGCCGCAACUGGCAGAUGGUACGUGUCGAUAUACGGCUUGUACAUUUACAUAUCUACCGUUUCGUUUACAUCAACCUCUCUCGCACCACGCAUUUUGGACAUCGUAUUUCCUUUGAAUACUUCUCGUCCUAUAAUGCUACCGUAUCCCGCGUACUACUACGUUGACGAAAAUGAAUAUUUCUAUUAUAUUUUUCUCCAUAUGAUAAUUUCUUCCACUAUAAUUGUAACCGCAAUAGUCGCGCACGACUGCAUGUUUUUUACUUACAUCGAACACAACUGUGCCCUUUUCGCUAUCGUCAGAUAUAGAUUUGAUCAAGUAUCACGUGAACGUAGUAAUAUGGAAAAAAGUGCGAUCAAUUAUCCGGAUUACAUGUAUCACAAAAACGUUGCGAUUUCGGUUUACGCUCAUCAAAAGGCUUUGCAAUAUGCCAAACUUCUCGAAGAUACGUUUUCGAUAGCGUUUGCUAUACAACUCCUACUAAUUACACUUUGCUUGAGCAUUACUUUGGUACAACUUUCGUCACAGCUGCACGAUUCAGCGGAAGCGUUGAGAUACAUAGUCUUCAUCAUGGCUCAAUUGUUUCACCUGUUCUGCUUCAGCUUCCAAGGACAAAAACUGAUAAAUCAUAGUCUCGAAACUUGCGACGACAUAUAUCAUAGUUUGUGGUAUAAAAUACCUGUGAAGGAACAAAGGAUGCUCCUGUUCGUGAUGAGAAAAAGCAUCGAAGCUACUGCCUUGACCGCUGGCAAAAUAUACGUGUUUUCUUUAGAAAAUUUUACAACGAUCAAAAGUCUUACUGAUCAUCUGCGUAACGACUGGAAGAAGCUAAAAGGCGCGGAAGAAUAUAAAAUUAUGAAAAAAUAUGCCGCAAACGCGAGACUGUUUUCUCUUACAAUAUGCUUAUGGUAUUAUAUAGGUUGUAUUUUGUUCUUAUUAAGUGGUCUUGCACCGGACAUACUGAAUGCCGUAUUACGUCUGAAUGAAUCUCGACCUUCAGCUUUCCCUUACCCGGCCUAUUACUUUGGCCUGGACAACGAAAAGUACCUUUUCUACAUUUAUUUCCAUAUGUUUGUGUGUUGCGAGAUAAUUAUCACAGUGUCAAUCGCACACGACUGCAUGCUAUUGGUUUACGUCGAGCACGCCUGUAGCAUUUUCGCUGUAGCUGGAUUUCGAUUUGAAAUUUUAUCACGUACCAAUUGUGGCAACAAAAUGAAUAAUAGUCUGAAUGCGUACAAUCAGAAGAUCGCUAAAUCCGUGUAUGCACACUGGCGAGCUUUAAACUUCGCGAAUCUUCUUGAAAAUACCUUUUACGUUGCCUUUACCGUACAAAUAACAAUAAUUAUCGUAGCGAUGAGCAUCACUCUGCUACAAGUCGCGGUACAGGUGAACAAAAUUACGGAAUUGAUGAGGUACUCGUUAUACUUCCUUUCUCAACUGAUCCACUUAUUCUGUUAUAGUCUGGAAGGCCAAAAAUUGGUAGAUCAUAGCGUAGAAAUACGCGAUAGGAUAUAUAAUUCUUUCUGGUACAACAUACCCGUGAAAUCUCAAAGAUUGCUCCUGUACGUGAUGCGCAGGAGCAUGAAACCGAAUUCUUUGAGCGCCGGCAAGAUUUUUGUCUUUUGUCUGAAGAGCUUUACCACGGUAAGGACUAUUUACGAAUUAACGUUAUUACAAUAUAUUCUCUCAAAGUCUCUCUUAAGAACGAUAGAUAUUAUUUUAAAGGUUCUACAGUCUUCGGUGUCGUAUUUUACCGUACUUGAAUCCUUCCAAUAAUUUAUAAUGUAAUUCAGAUAGUUUAAUAUUUGUGCAAUCAUAAUUGUUGUAGUAAUUAAUAAAGAUUAUGAAAAGAAAAUUUUUAUGUAAAGGGAGCAUGUUUUUCGCAACAUUUUGGAACAAUUGGCAACAUGGCCGUAAAUGGGCAAUUUUUGGGGUGGGGGAUAUUGCCAUGCGUGGACGGCAAAAUGAGCAAAAUCAAGAUUCUCUUACGGUUCGCAUGCGCAAUUUUUUCACGUGACUCUGCACAUUUCGUGACGCAUGCGCAGAGCGUAGGGUCGAAAUGCAUGAGCGAAGAUAGUACACUGAUCUCUCAUAACCUAUAACCGAGACAGGCAAUAACAGAAAAAUGCCACACGCUAGUUCUCCCUCGAAUGCCGCAAAAACGUACUUCCUUUGCAUAAAAUACCGUAUGCAACAUGGGGCCGAGCGCGUUCUCAACUGAGGACGAUAUUUUCAGUACGAGGCGCGUUCAGUACGCGCGCGAAGCGCGGCAUGACGAUUUCUCUUUUGUGAUGAUUUCCUCGUGUGUGUGGGACUAAAAUUAGGAAGCCAAGCCGCCAGUGAGAGAGUUGAAAGCGAAAUUCGAGAUAGUGAUCGAGCCCGCGUUUAUUAGUUUACGCAUUCGCGAUCGAGAGGGACCGAUCCGAUAUCGAUCGCGACCAUGAAGGGCAUGAAGAAAAGAGAAAAACUUAGGUAUUAUAAAUCGAGUCGCGCACACACAGUUCUUCGCGAAUCCGGAACUGGAGAAAUCGGAGCGGGCAGGAGUUUGAUCGCGCGUGGUCGACGAUUCGUCGAGAGGGGCGACUUGUUCGACGAAGGGCGCGUCCGCAUAUUUAGAGCAGCGUCCUCCCUCCCAUCCACCCUCGCGUCCAGCCCACCCCUUCACCCCUUGUAAUUAAUUUACACACUCGUAACCAUUAUAACACACGCGUUUUACACAUGGGCUGUAAAACUCGCGCAGCAGACCUCACGCAUUCUACGGAUUCAUACAUGAUCUAUUAACAUAAUUAUAAAAAUACCUAUUACGAGUAUAGCAUUCAGUAGCAUAAAUAAUAAAGUAAUUAAAUAAA